AUGGCUAAACCGAAGCAUCAGAAGAAGCCACCGCAGAAGAAGCAGCAAAACCCACAACCACAAAACAAAAAGCAGGAUGAUACUUCUCAAUUUCGGACUCAGGUGGAUGCUCUGGGCCUUCGCAUUCUUGAAGUGACAGCAGAUGGUAAUUGUUUCUUCAGAUCCCUUGCUGAUCAGUUGGAAGGUAAUGAGGAGGAGCAUCGAAAGUACCGCAGCAUGGUGGUGAAACACAUAUUGGACAACCGGGAGAUGUUUGAGCCCUUUAUUGAAGAUGAAGUCCCGUUUGAUGAAUAUUGUCAGACCAUGGAAAAUGAUGGUACAUGGGCUGGACAUAUGGAAUUGCAGGCAGCUUCUCUUGUAACACGUAGUAAUGUAUGCAUCCAUCGGAACAUGUUUCCUCGGUGGUACAUAAGAAAUUUUGAUGAUUGUCAAGUUCGUAUGAUCCAUUUGUCUUAUCACGACGGGGAGCAUUAUAAUAGCGUGCGGUUAAAGGAUGAUCCUUGUGACGGACCUGCAAAGUCAAUUAUAAUUAAGGCUGAUGCCGAUCUUUCAGUGCCAUCCCUUCAAACAAAAGAUAAGGCUAGCAAACCGUAUGCUCAAGGUGGUCGGACAACUUUUCAGCCGGGGUCCGUAAAGGUGGUUAUGGCUGGAAGUGGCUGUGAAAGCAGAGAAAAAGCAGAACAGAUUCUAGAUCAGGUUAAUGGAGAUGUUGGUUCUGCAAUAGAGUUUCUGAUAGCAGAACAAGGAGCAGAAGAGUGCUCUUCGAAUUCUGAUUACCUUCCUAGUCAGGCUAGUACUACUGGUUGUGACGAAAAUGAGAAUCAUGAGACUCACAAAGAAAACAUAGUAGAGAACAACACGAAUGGUGAAUUGAGCAAUAGCUCCAGGAAAACCAAUGAUAGUAACACAUUGCAACAAAACGACAAGAAGAUUCCUAGAAACAAGGUCUGUCCGUGUGGUUCAAAAAAGAAAUACAAAGCUUGUUGUGGAACUGCGUCGGGAAAACAAUCUGCUAAGUUUCUAGUUAACCAAGAAGCUGACUCCAGAAGGAGCAAAAAAGAAACAAAGGGGACUUCAGCAAAAGCUGAAGUAACACCUGAUAUGGGCGCACUUUGCAUCUAA